AUGAACGUCGUCCGUCAAAUCAUCUCUCGCCGCUCCGUCAUGGCCAUGGGCCCCCGGCUGACCGCCCCGGCUCGAUAUGCUUCGACGCAUACCGCCCACCCCAGCAUGUCUCCCAAGGACAGACAGUUUAUGCGGGGGGUCUUCACCGUGGCGACUGUUGGCACCGGAGGUGCGGUAGCCUACGGGGCUGCACGAUCAGGCGGACGUAUGAACAAGCGCUUCCUCAAACGCAACUCGACCCUCGACAGCAACAAAUGGUUUGCCGAGAGCUCCGAGUACAGCUCGAUGCUGGGCAGGAAGCAUUAA